UUUAAUGAACACCUAUGACAUUUCAUGAACUUUGUGUAGGGCAUUCGGUGAUGGUUUAGUGAUCAAGGACUCUGAGUUGCUCAUGAUACCCACUAUCAUCCCUCCUGGCUAUCCCAAUGUAAUGGACGCUUGUGUAUCUGUCUUACGUGAGACCCUGUUUGACAACACUGAUCCUGCUUCUGAUCCUCGUGCUGAUUUGCUUCCGUGUAAGUUCUAUGGCUCGUUGGCGGUUCUGUAUGCGAAGUUCAAGAAGGUGAAGCGGAAGGAAACUUUUGAGUUUUAUCCCGCUCUUAUCAAUGAGAUCACUACGAGGUUUAAGGCAACAGGCAGAGUUUGGCUGUCGCACAUUGAUCAUUUGCUCUCUCCAUUUAACAUUGAUAAAAAUAGGUGGAUAGCUGUUCACAUUGACCUGACCUCUCACACUCUCACUGUGCUUGAUCCAACUGCUGCUGCACGCCGGGGAUCCCGUCUUAAGCCUGAGCUCGAGUUUAUAUGCGAGAUGUUUCCUUAUCUGGUACGGAAGGUUGGUGGCUCUGAUCUAAUGAAGAAUUUCCCGCUUCAGCCACUCACCUUUGCUAGGAACACACAUGUUUCCCAAGCGACUAACAUAGCUAACAGUGGGAUGCUCUCCUUGUUAUUGCUGGAAGCAUAUGCUACAGGCGGGAUGGACAAAGCGGUGCAUGUUAAGGAAGAUGGCAUGCGCCUGCGUGCUGAGGAGUUGGUGGUGCAGAUGUACGAGCACUGUUGUGGUGAACUUUGA